AUGUUCAAAAAGUUGUCCAUAUUUGUCACUCAACUCUUUCAUCACAAUCGUUUGCAGCAUGCGGUUGAAAACAAUCAUGAUCCUUUCAUGCUUCAACAAGAUACAUUGUGUUCGGAACACGUUCGAGAAGGUUCGAUCAUCAUUCCGAGUGACAUGAUUUUUCACAUGUAUCAAUUUCUCGAUUGGAAAUUUAUAAUUUCCGUGUGUUCGAAAGUUUCGAAAAGAUGGUAUUUGAAAUCUUUAGAAAUUCCUAUUGCCUUGGAUUUGAGCGAAUGCAAAGAACCAUUUACUUUGAAAUAUUUUUCGAAUUCUGUUUUGGAUUUGUUGAGACAUUUGACAUUGAAAUGUAGAAAUCGAUGGACGGAAUUAAAUUUGAAAGCAUGUCGAGUGGCGUAUGAAGGUGCUGCUUGUAUUGCAUCGAGUCCUUUUAUGAGAAAUUUAACAUUUUUAAAUUUACAAAAUAACGAUUUGGGAAAUGAAGGAAUUCGUCUCAUUGUCAACAGUGAAAAUUCGAAACAUUUGACAGGUCUCGUUUUAACUCAGAAUCAUUUUGGGUAUAGUGGAAUUUCAGCCAUUGCAACAAGUGAGAAUUUGAAACAAUUACAAACUCUUCAUUUAGGUCAUAAUAACAUUGAAAGUGAAGGAUUAAUGGCAAUAUGUGACAGCAGUGUUUUGAAACAUUUAACCUCCCUGGAUUUGAGUUACAAUUCCAUUGGCAGUGAAAUUGACAUUCAACGCUUGUCCAACAGUUCCAUUUUUUCACAUUUAACAGAAUUGAAUUUGAGUGGAAAUCGAAUCUAUUCCCAGCAUGUGAAAUUCAUUGCUUCUAGUCCAAUUCUAAAGAAUUUACGAACACUUGACAUUGGUGAUAAUUUUUUGGUCUCCGAUGGUGCUCAAUUCAUUGCACAAGGAACUUGUUUUCAGAAUUUACAAACCUUAAAAUUGAGCAUGAAUAACAUUCAAAAUGAAGGAGUUCAAUACCUUUCUGAAAAGAUGCAACAUUUGACGUGGCUUGAUUUGAGUGAAAAUAAUUUGGACGAUCGAGGUAUCAUUUCUUUGGCCAAUCAAGAAACGUCGCGUAUGAAAAAUUUGACAGCUCUCUUUUUGGAAAAGAAUUACAUUCUCGCUCAUGGAAUUGCUGCCAUAGCACACAAUGUGCACUUGUCUCAACAAGUUCAAAUACUAAAUGUAUCUGAGAAUUUUAUUCGAUUGGAAGGCAUACAAGUCUUGUGUGAACACAUGAAACACUUGACAAGUCUCCAUGUGAGUGGAUGCAUGAUUGGAGAUGCAGGAAUUGAAUGCAUUUCAUUGAGUGAGAAUUUAACAACCUUAACUUGUCUUAAUAUUUCUUUCAAUGACAUUGGAACAGAAGGUGCCAUGUCAUUGGCUUCGAGUCAUGUAUUGACACGUUUGAAACAACUCGAAAUUUCUCAUAAUCAUGUUGGAUUUUAUGGAGCCAAUGCCAUUGCCACGAGUCCAUUGUUGAAAGUGAAUUUGGAACGUUUGGAAAUUUCUGGAAAUUGUAUUGGAGUGGAAGGUGAAAAAAUUAUUCGAGAGCAAUGUGUGAAUUUGAAGGGAUUUCAUGUACAGGAACGAAGAUCUUUUGAGGAAUAUGAUAUGUAUGAGGAUGAUGAUUUGGAUGAAUUACUUGAAAGUGACACAUCGUCAGAUCAUUAA